ACCGCGACUCCAACAUGGUGAAGUUCAGUGAGCAACAGUCAACUACGCUGCAAACCUACUUAAAGCAAGACACCGUUAACGAAGAAGCAGCUGAAGAGGAAGAUGGGGCUGCAGUAUCUCUGCCAGUCCAAGAACCUACCACUGCCCCCACUAUGGGGCAAAUACAGACUGAAAAGGCAGCACAGGACCAAGAGAUUACUGAAGAAGCAGUAGAAGAUGAGAGAGGACCUGAAGCUGUUAAAGAAACUACACAAGAGAAAGAUGUGGUCAGUGAUGAGAGGAAGGAAAUAAACCUACCUCCUGACAGUGAUGGAGUGACCCAAGAGAUUCAGGAACCUAAAAAUGAUGAUGUACCAGAGGAAAUGUUAGAGAAAAAAAAUGAAACAAAUAGCAUUGUAGGAGAAAAAGCAGAUGAGCUGAAAGUGACUGCAGCAAAUACUGUUCAUGAAGAAACAAAAGAAAUGGAGAAGACCCCAUCACCUUUGCCUACUAGUCUCACUUUUUCAGAAGGGGAGAAGGAAGAACCACUGACUAUAAUUGGUGAAGAUUUAGCACGUGAUGAUAGUCCUGUAAAGGAGGAAUUUGCAAAUGGUCUACCAACCUUAGAACCUGGGACACCAGAGAGAGAAGAGACACCCACUGAAGAAGAGAAAGAUAAAGGUGAUGAGAUUGAAGAUAAACAAGCAUCUCCUGAUCGAAUGGAGCUAGAGUACCAAUAUCACGCAUUAUUUGUGGAACUGCAUAGGUUGAAGAUCCAUAACAACCAAAUACAGAACAAGCUGGCAGAUUACUACCGCAAGAAGAAGACGGAGGAAACAAAGAGCGAGUUAAGGAAAACCCACUCAGACUAUGAACAACGAUACGUGAGGUUCAUGGACACCCUGGCAAAGUUGCAGGCCAAAUAUAAGGAGGAGGUUGAGUUGUACCAGGAACAGAUCACUGAUCUCACUGCUGAGUGUGAGGAGAAGCAACAAUUGACAGAAUAUGCAUGGAGGAUGUUUAUGUCUAGGAAGAAGACUGUUGCAAAGACUGUAAUAAACAAACGGCCAGGAAGACACGCAGCACUACUGGAGUUGGAACGCAUUCAGACUACUGAGGAGCAGAAGGAGAAAGAGAUGAGGCAGAUUAGAUUUCUGACUAUCAAGAUGAAGAAUAAACUGAAGUUUUACGAGCAUCAGCUGAAGGCGAAGGAGGAACUAGCGGGUGGACUAAACCUGAUCGACUAUGAGCAGCUGAAAAUCGAGAAUCAGUCUUACAGUGAGAAAAUUGAAGAACGCAAUGAGGAAGUCACAAAAAUGCGGAAGAAGGUUGCAAUUACCAUUGGGGUGAUGACCCAUAUUAAGGAGAAGCUGGAGUAUGUGGAGGCGGAGAAUGCAGAGAAGAAAACCCAGCUCAUGGAUCUUGAGGCUGUCGUAGCACAGAAGCGGGAAAUCCUGACCAAAACCAAACAAGCACGGGACAGAGUCCGGGCAGCCAACUUCAAACUGAAGGAGAAAUGUGGCCUCUUGUGUAACAAGGUGCUGCUUCGUGACUUUGAGGACAAUGUAGACGCCAGCGAUAGAUUGCGCCAAAGGCUGGAGGUGCUGAAACGACGACAUGCCGAUCUAACACUCGACUCCUACGGCAUCAAGAAGAAAAUCGAGUGGGUGAAGAUGGGACAAUUACAAACUCAGUAACAGCCACUUCGGGGAGCUUGUCCAUUUUAUUCUGUUACGAUAAAUAUUAUAUGAGCUGG